UGGAGGGCGGAGCUGCCGGGCGCUGCUGUCCUGGCGCGCUCCAUUGCAGGUCCUGCAGGUCGCUGCUCGGCCGGCUCCGCUCCAACCCCUCUGCGCGGCCGCUGGUCCCGCCUCGGCCCAUGGCUGCCGUGAGGGGCGCCUCUGGGUAGGGGUCGUCAGGAAGAGCUCGUCCAGCUGCCGGCGCGAGAGCCUCUGCCAGGAUGGGCACGGUGCUGUCGCUGUCGCCCAGCGCAGCGGGCAAGGGGGGCGGCGGCGGCGGCGGGGGAGUCUUGGGUGAGAAGGCGGCCCCGGGCCGGGCGCAAGGCAAAGGCGAGAGCCGCUUGAAGCGGCCCGGCGUGUUGAUCUCCGCCCUCACCUGGAAGCGCCUGGUGGCCGCCUCGGCCAAGAAGAAGAAGAACGCCAAGAAGGUGACGCCCAAGCCGGGCUCCGCGGGCGCGCCCGACCCCCUGGUGCAGCAGCGCAACCGCGAGAACGUGCGCAAGUCCCAGCCGGACGGAGCCAAGCCGGGGCCUCUAGCCGUGCCGGUACCCACCGUGCCGGCCUCCGCCCAAGACGGAGGGAAGCCCCCUCCCCCUCCUCCGCUGCCCCCUCCGCUGCCCAGCAGCCGCGCCGCCGCCGCCCCCGGCUCCCCGCGUCGAGUGAUCGUGCAGGCGUCGACCGGCGAGCUCCUCCGCUGCCUGGGGGACUUCGUGUGCCGCCGCUGCUACCGUCUGAAGGAGCUGAGCCCCGGCGAGCUCAUCGGCUGGUUCCGCAGCGUGGACCGCUCGCUGCUGCUGCAGGGCUGGCAGGACCAGGGCUUCAUCACGCCGGCCAACCUGGUCUUCGUGUACCUGCUGUGCCGCGAGGCCCUGCAGGGCGACCAGAUCGGCAGCCAAGCGGAGCUGCAGGCCUCCUUCCUGACCUGCCUCUACCUGGCCUACUCUUACAUGGGCAAUGAGAUUUCCUACCCGCUCAAGCCUUUCCUAGUGGAGGGCGACAAGGAGCGCUUCUGGGACCGCUGCCUCGCCAUUAUCCAGGGCCUGAGCGCCAAGAUGUUGCAGAUCAAUGCCGACCCCCACUUCUUCACGCAGGUCUUUCAGGACCUCAAGAAUGAAGGCGAGGGAGCAGCCACAAAGGACUCCAGCGCCAGCAAACACUGGACUAUAAGCCUGGAUCGCUAGGAGCUCUCUCUCUCUCUCUCUCUCUCUCUCUCUCUCUCUCCAGCCUUUUCCCUCCACCUUCUAGAUCCAUCUCACCUUUCAACAAAGGCUUUUCUCAACCAGGAUCCCUACUGGGGCUAUGGGAGGAAUGGAAGACCCUGGGAGUGAGGAGCAGCCUGAAGCUUACCCCAUACCCCCCCCCCCCCCGCACACACACACACACACACACCCCAUGUAGAUCCCUCAUGAGCCAUUCAAGGGUUGAUGGGAGAGGACCUGCAGCAUUACCCAUUCUUCCCCCACUCCAUCUUGUGGGCCACACCCACAAUUGCUUCAGCCUCUCCCCACAACUGUGAAAUCAAGAUAGUUUGGGAAUGGGUGGGAUGGGAGUUGUGUGGCUCAUGAUGUUCUGUAUCUUUUGGCGAUAGGUAGCACCUGCCUCCCUUCCUCCCUUGUCCCAGCAGGAUUCCCCAGACUGGAUGCACUUCAGGCCCUGCGUGUGCAUUUGAGAGGGGAGGGGAAGCAGUUUGGUUUUUCUUUUUUUUCUUUUCUUCCAAAUGGGGAGAAUUCCUAGACUUAUGGGUCAAACUGAGGCAUUAUUUAUUGUCAAGGUUCUGUUUUGUGCAGAAGAAAGCAGCUGCUGUGACCUCACUUGAGAAAGCCCCACCGGUGUGUCCAUGGUUUGGGUCUCUUUGCUGCUACUGUGAAUCACAGUACAGCCGGGACGUUCUGUACUGUAAUUUUAUUUCCAGUGAAACAAUUCCUGCAUGUCUCUGUCCUCCCUGCUGUUGGUGGCUCUGCUAUAGUGGUUGUUCUACAAAGUGGAUGGUGGUCAUAUACAGGUAUCCACCACUGCAAGUCAAAUGCCUUUCAUGAUUUUGUUCUUUUUCAUCUUAGUACUGUGGGGAAUUAGAGAGGUGGGUAACCACGCCGAUGCUGAAACAAAGCACUAGGAAAGCAGUGCUGCUCUCCUUCAAUGCCCCUUAGCUGCCCCCACUUCCCUUCCCUCCUUCCAUCACUUACCAUCUGAAGCAGGGGCCGGGAGCUGUCCACGGUGCUGGCCUCUUUGCCCGACUUACAUUUGCACAUUCUUGAAGCUGAAAAAAACAAACCAUGUCAUGGUGUUUGAAUGUAUCAGAACAGUGUCUGACAUACAGGAUGUUUGUGCCAAUGUUGCUCAAAUGUACAAUAACAUAUUGUUUUAUAUUGUUUAUUUAAAAGAGAUAAAAGUAAUGAGUCAAAGCAGAA